CCAGAGAUAUUAUUAAAGUCAUCUCAAUUCGGCUUCAACGCAGAGAUGGAAACUUCAAAAAACUCAUCACUCUUCCAAUGUUUAGGUCUUAUAGAAAAUUAUGAUGAGCCUUCUGAUUCUACCCUUCCUAGAGUUAUCACUCUUCUCGCUUCACUUCUUGGGAAGAUGAUUCAGAAGACCGAAAAGUCACUCCACACAAGACAUAACAAGGAAGGGGAGAUCACUAUGUUCCAUGGGUCAAGAGCUCCAUCGAUGAACAUUCAUCGCUACAUAGAGAGAGUCUACAGGUACACUCGGUGUAGCCCUGCGUGCUUCGUUGCAGCCUUUGCUUACAUCCUGAGGUAUCUAGAAAUACCAGUGGAUACAAGCGUGGCUCGUCGUCUCACAUCACUCAACGUUCAUCGCCUUCUCAUUACAAGUCUCUUGGUCGCAGCCAAAUUCUUGGACCGCAAGUGCUAUAACAAUGCGUAUUAUGCAAAAAUUGGAGGAGUGAGCACUGAAGAGAUGAAUAGGCUGGAGAGAACGUUCUUGUUCGAUCUUGAUUUUAGACUAAAUAUUACAACAGAGAUGUUUGAGAAACACUGUCUCAUGUUGCAGAGAGAGACGGUGGCUUGUGGUUCAAGAAAACUUAGAACAGUUCUUGGAGAGUUGACUUGUAGUUGCCAAGCGAUCUAAUAAAACAAAGUCCAUAAGAUUUGCUUAGAUCUUCUUUCAUCACCAAUAAUGUAUGUUUAUCAUACUUAUUUGAAGAAACAGAUCAAUGAAAAGAAACAAACAAG